AUGAAAAAACAAUAAACUCUUAUAAGUAGCUUAAAUACAUACUCUCAGGCCUUUGAAACAUCAAAUUACUUCAGCAAAAGAUUUGCCUCAAGAAAUGAUAAUCAGAGCUAGGUCGCAGAUUUGAAGGCAAGAAGCAACACUAUUUAUAAAAACUGGGAUAAGAAAAAGGCUCGCAUAGAGUAUUGGAAGAAGAAAGAGAUAGAUUAAAAAGUGAUUAAAACUGACGUGAAUCCAGACGAAAACUAAUAAGAUAUCAAUAAAUAAAGACAAUUGCUGAUAGAAUUCAGAGAUCUGGGAAAGAAUUUAUUCUCAAAUAGAAAGCUAGCCAAAUCUUAAAUAGCAGUUGCGCAGAGUUAGAAGCUUUAGCAUUAAAAUAACCAGAGGAAAAUUCUUCAAUAAAAACAAGAUAGGGAAUAAAAUAAAGUUACUACAAUUUUGAAAGAAACUUUGUAAGAGAUUAAACCUGAGAAAAAUUAUAGAAGAACUAUAGAUAUUAAGAAAAAUGUAGUUUAAAAGUGUAUUGAUGAGAAUGUACCCUCAGUGUAUCAUUAGUUUAAUAAAAAUCUUGACAAAUUAGAGCUAUUUUAAAUGGUUGAUUAGCACUACAGAUAAUCAGUUAUUCAAGACAAGGAUAUGAAUACGGAUUUAUAGUUGGAGUAUUAAAACCAUUAUGCUGAUAAUCAAACGAGAAAUGAAAACUUGUAAUUGAAGAAAAAUAAGUCAUCAAAUUAGUAUUUGGUUAUGUAAAUUGAGGAUUAAUUAUUGCCAGUCAAAAAGAUAGUUCCAGAUAGAAGUUUGAAAAAACUGUUAGGAAUAGAGAACUGGGAAAAUGAUUAGUAAAACAACCUAAAUUCGAAUGAAAUUAAUUAAGCGAGUGCUGAUGGGCUGCCAAUAUCUCUCAAGGAUUACAAUUGGGUUUACUAGGAUAAGAUUUAACCAACCAAGUCAAAUGAGAGAUUACACAAGAAUCUAUCAAAUCUUGAAUAGUAGAUUGAGGGCUAACUUCCACAUAACCCUAUGCUAUCCUUUCAAUAACUAGAUAAAACUAAAAAUCAAAAAGGCAUUGAUGAGACCAGAGAAAAGCUAAAGAAUCUGAAAGAGAGGAUUUAAUCUCAAAAAGACAAAAAGCCCAUGUUUAGAGAGGUUUUACACUCAGGCUAUUGGAAAUAUAAAAGCAAGCAUUUUGAUGACAGCUCAACUAAUAUUUAUGGAACAUUCUAACAAGAUGAUAAUGAUAUCAAGCCAUUCACCAUAACUACAGAGUCAAAUAGCAUUCCAGAACUUGCAAGUCUGAAUUUGUUUAGAAGUUAAGAAUUAUAAAAUGAAAAAAGAACUCAGAAUUUAUCAAAUACUCGAUACCAUCACUAAGGCUCUAAAGCUUUAAAUAAUGACAGCCCUAAGAUGUUAAAAUCACUUCCAAACAUUAAGAACAAUAAAGGUAAUUCAAUCAUAAUGUAAAACUAAAAUAUAAGGGAUAUAUUGUAGAAAUAGCAAAUCAAGCAAAACUUAGUAAAUGAAAGCAUAUCGAAGAAUUGGAUAAAGGGAAGAAACAAUAGAUCAUUGAAAGAGUGA